CAUUACCCGCAUCGGUCUGUGAGCGCUGAGCUGACUGGGAGGAGGUGGGAUCUGGCUACUGGUGGUAGUGGGCUUAGCAAACGUUUACGUGCGAGUCGUGCUGAUUGCCAACGACGGAUUUUUAUUUAAAAAAAAAAAGGGGGGAUCCCUCCCAUCCACUGCCAACAACAUCCACUCAUCCACUACCUUCUUUAUUUAUCGUCGGGUGUGUUAUUUUUUUUUCUGCCUCCGCUUCCCACUCAGAUCCAGCGAGGUUCCCGUUACCCACAGCCACAGCCAUCCUCCCGGGCUGUGUGAUGAGUUAGGAGCUCGGUAACACUGAGACACAGCGGCGUGUGUUGAUAGGACACUCUUCGCGUCCAGUUUGGGUCAACUUGUCGCCGUUUUAAGCCAUUUAACACCCCGAGUGAGUGAAGAAAGACACAAGAGAAGAACCUAGCUGCUACCGGGGCUGAGGGACGCGCUGAAUAUCCAUGAGCUCCGAUUUCGCUCACUACAGUUUCAGGAUGCCAAAUAUAGGGUUCCAGAAUCUUCCCCUUAAUAUCUACAUUGUGGUGUUUGGGACAGCCAUCUUUGUCUUCAUCCUCAGUCUCCUCUUCUGCUGCUACUUAAUAAGGUUACGGCACCAGGCACACAAAGAGCUAUAUGCAUACAAACAAGUCAUUCAGAAGGAAAAAGUCAAAGAGCUAAAUUUGCAUGAGAUUUGUGCGGUGUGCUUGGAGGAGUUCAAACAGAAAGACGAGCUGGGGAUUUGUCCGUGCAAACAUGCCUUUCAUAGGAAGUGCCUCAUUAAGUGGUUGGAGGUGAGGAAAGUGUGCCCGCUGUGCAACAUGCCUGUCUUGCAGCUUGCCCAGCAGGCUGGCAGCACGGAUCCCACUGUGCCAAUACAGCAGCCUCUACCCGGCAUCGAGAACCUGAACCUGGUGUAGCAGACUCAGACCCUCUCUUGUAGUACACUACAGACACACAAACACACAUCCCACCACUCAUACUCUCACCUGUACACUUUUGGUAUGAGUCUGUGGACAGAGCAGAGAAACUGGAGUUCAUGCGCAGACAGUCACAGAAAACUGUGACUCUGCAGCCAUCGUCACCUCUCGUAUCCUUGCAUUGGUUCACAAAAAGGAUUUCCUGAUAUCAGUUCUGACUGAUAUUAUAACUGUUCAUGUUUUUCUUUUCACGGACAAUGAAGAAGAGUUGAUCUAGAAGAAGUUUCCUCAUUGGCCAACAAUUGGUCGAUAACUUUUUCUCAACCAAAGCACUUUUCUGGGGACACCAGCUAAAGACGAGGAGGAAAAAAACACAAAAGCCAAGAACUACAAUACACUAAAAUAUAAAUUGUUUAAUUUUUUUUAACAAGCACUUUAUAAGAAGGCAAACCUUAAUUGCUUGUGAUUCUAGUAGCAAAGGUUAUGUUUUAUUUUUUAACAUUAACUAUUAUUUCUAUGUACAGUACAAAGCCACAUGUUUUCAUUUUUGAUUAGUAAACAUUGAUUUUUAGACAAACAAACAAAUAAUUAUAUACAUAUAUGUAUAUGUAUAUAUAUAUAUAUAUAUAUAUAUCUCACAAAGGGACAACAUUACAUUACCUAUGUCGGUAGAUAGAUCAGGAAAUUGGGACAAUGCUUUUAGUUGUGAUUGCACACACACACACACACACACACACAAACAAGUUAAGCUCAAAGCAACCUUGGGACUUUAUGUCUGACUAAAUGUGAAAGGUUUGAAUGUUAAACCCAGAAUUAUUCACACUAAACCCAUAGAAUUUUUCCCCUCGUUGCCUGUUUGUCUCUCAUUACAUUGUGACUGUUGCUACUUUCUUUUUUUAUUUUCUGUCAAUACAGGAAGGUGAUCCAGUGAACAAAUUAUAUUUUCCGUACAGUGAUUUACGAUAUAUAUAUAGUGAUAUACGAGUGCUGUAAGGCAAACGCAGGCUGUCAAACCCAGGCAUUUCUCAGAAAAACAAACAAACUUUCCAACAGUUUCAAAGUAACUUUUGCAACAACUGUGAUUAUCUAAACCAGUAUUAUGGUGUAAAACCUGGUGCUUCAUCUAUAAAACUGUUUUACAGAACAAACACAAGUAAUGAGGCAAUUUAAAACAAAGGUUUGCAACAUGUAACAUAUAUGUUCCAGUUUUAAUUUUGCUCUGCUGCUGAAUCAUCAGAGCUGUUUGAAUGUGACAUUGUCUUGCUUCAGAUGAAGGAGAAGCCUUCACAAAACAAAAUAGUCUUGUUGAUUUAUGUUUAACUAGCAUUACAUAUCUGGUUAGAAAACAAUCGAUAACUCAAUAUAUGAAGAUAGCAGCAAGAAGCAGGCUUUUGCCUUCUUCACUCUUCAGCUCCUACUUCACAUGUGCUGCAUACACAACUACAGUUAUUAAUAUUAUUUUUGCUUCUAUCUCAAUAGAUUAUUUGUAUUUAUUUUUUUAUUUAUUGCAGUUUCUUGGUACAGCUGCAUUGAGUGCACAAGUUAGCAGAUUGACUCCUGCAAACAAAAUUACUGCCCUCAGCAGAUCAUCAGCAUAUCUCUUGGUCAAGAUACACACUACUUUGUAAAACACACACACAUCAUGCACACGGGGAGGGGCUUGAGCCAUAGAGAGCCAGUGGUCAGCAGGUUGUAGUGAAGCAGCAUUUUCAUUCAUGCACGCACCCCCCCACCCCCCCAAACACACACUUACAUAAAGGGUAGCCCUGCUUUUGGCUGCAGUAUUCUGGUGCUUUCGCCUCUCUCCCUCUUUCUGUACGGUACAGAGUGCUUUUUGUUUUGUGCCACACAUACAGUAACUGCCAGCUUUUGUCGUUAUGUUUUUGUCCUCAUCUCUUGUUAGCUGCAUCUGGUAAAUGGGUUGUGCAUAAAUGUGCUGAUUGAAAAGGGUGGCUAAAAAAAAUCUGUGCUUCAGAGCAAUGGACCUAAGAAAAGCUACAGUUUGUCUUUUUCCUGUGACGCGUAUUGCCCAAUGACAAUCAAACAUUCUCAUUAUAGGCACAAUGUCAACAAGUUAGCAACCCCACCAUAAUCAUUUAAUUAAAUACAUUUGGAUCUAAUCUUAAAAUGCAUUCUUUUAAAAGGUUUGUUUACAUUACUGGUAGAAAAAUAAAAAACAACUAAACACGCUUAUAUUUUGAAUUCUAAUUGGUUUAAAACACACUCAACUCAAAUAUAUUUGUGAGAAUAUUUAAAAUUAAAAUAUAAUGACAUAUAUUGCUUUUGGCUUCAACAAAAUCCCCCACAGAGCAGCACAGGCUCCCCCGACACAUGGACGUUUUUAAAAAGUGACAAUGCGUUUCGCCUUCAAUGGCAGGAAAGCAUUGUUACUCUGACCUCUGUGGUUUGAAUGUUUCAUCUCUGCUGAAUGUCUGCCCACACCCCACAGUGAUGACCUUUGUGGUUGGGUCACAGCAUUCAGCAACGUGUAAAUGUCAACUGUUAGAUGAGAGUGAAAGCAGGAUUUCUUUAUACUGUAUGCAGCGUAUUAACCACUUGUUUCAUGCCCUUAUCAAGGUCCAAUGCUCUGACGUUAAUGAAGCACAAUGCCGCCACUGAUGAGAAACUAUUAACAUUUAAAAGCAACUCAAAAUUCAAAAAAUCAUAUUGUCCACAUUAGCCUUAUUUAAACAAAAACUGCCACAUUUACAAAAUAAAAGACCAAUAUCUCAGUCUCUUCACUCUACAGUUUAACAAUAAUAAACUUUAAGAUGAGAAAAUCAUUUUUAUUGCCUGUUAGAACCGAGGUUGUGGCUUUUUGUUGAAGAAAAUAAGCAAGUUAAGCUUCAGUAUGGUGUGUGAUGUACAGUAUUUGGCACCUUUUUUUUCUUCUUUGGUUAUGAAGAUGCUGCGACCGUUUCAUUAAACUUCUUUCUCUCUGCAUAUUUUACAGUAUGAGAACCAACAUUUUCUUUCAUACUACCAUCCCCAAAACGUAUUCAUAUAAGCAUUGGAGAUUGUUUCUGCCACUGUCCCUAAAAGAUGACAUAUUUUGUAGCUCAGUGCUAAUAACACAAGUCUUAAAGCUUUUUGUCUUGGAAUGUAAGGUUCCCGAGAGAAAGACAAGAAUAGGAGGAGAUUUAAUGUGAAAGCAUGCUAUUUUGCAUAGUCAAGUUGCCACUGAUAUCACAAUUGUUAAAUGUAUGUAGACAGUAGUAUCCGUAGUUGUGUAUUUAUACAUGAGGUGCACAAAAAAUGCUCCUUCAUAUAAACUAAAUGGCAGCUGAACACUUCCUGCCAUUUGGCCAUCUUAAGUGUCGUGUUUGAUUGUAAACACUUUUAGCCUUUCACCUGAACUUCCCCAUUUCCUUCCUGUGUGCCGUCCUGAUCCCACUGAAAACAAAGUGCCAACACAAAAUUGAACUGUUGUUAAUAAAGUCCCAGCCUGAAGAAAGAAUGUAGUGCAUUUUGAAAGGAAAAAAGAAAGGCGAGAGUCUUGGUCACAUAAUGGCCAUAAAAAAAGAAUGGAAACUGAGCCAGCCAUGAAUAUAGUAAUAAAUGGCUUUCCGCCACUGAAAUCACCAUUGACGUCAGUGCUGCUUCUGCGCUGACUCCAUUAUAAAUAGAUUGGACACAAUCAGAUGAAAUACAAACGUCAGGAGCACCGCAUCACAUCAAAAAUUUACUGUUACUCAGAGUACAAAGCGACGGAUGGCAUCAGAAAGCCAUUUAUGAUUGUCCCUCUGGGGCACGAUAUUUGAUGGCAGACUGUUCUGGAUAAAUAACACAAAAAAAACUCUACUGUUUCAUUAAAAAUGUGGUACUCAAGUCCUCUAUAGAUGAGGGUUUGGGUUCAGUGGCCAGACCAUUGUAAAUCUCUAUCACUGCCUUCCUGAGGUGAACUUUCCUCUUGUUUUUAUGGUGUGUUAUUUAUUCCUCUGGAGCUCGUAGUGCCCAUCCAACUCACAAAUAACCUCCCCUCCCCGUCUUUGUCCAACAAAUCCUCCCACCUUGACCAGCGUACCCGAGCACCCAGCUCCCCUACCCACACACCCCUUUUUGUUAACACUGAUUAUGUUUGUGGACUCUCACAGACAUUGUUUGUAAAACUAAGAAUUCUGCAGCAGAAUAUUUUUGGAGACAAUUGCUGUACAGUAUUUGUAAGCUCUAUUUUUGUAUAUUGCUAUUUUGAAGAAAAUAAUAUGCAUUUUUUUUCUUUUCUUGUUUUUGCUAAUUUCAUGUUUAUUCAUUUUAAGAAAAUGUUGCAUGUGACUGACUUGAACUGUAAAUAAAAUUUCCAAGUUUUGGAAA